UGAAUAGCUUCCUAACCGGUACAAUCCAAACCUCUGCGUCCUCACAGGGCAGCGAUGUCUCCAAACACCCGCAUGGAUUUCAUGGAAGCGAUUUGUUCCCCUUGUUCCUUUUACGCACCAUCCUAAACGCGUCUUUUGGUGAAAACGAAAUGUCCUGGAUGUAUUUUCUCCGGAGAUUGUAAAGUGAAGGGAAGCGCAGCUCGCUGGAGAAGCCAUGUGGAGAGCGGCCACGUCCCUCGGUGGGAGCACCGGAGGCAAAAAGCCCCACUAACAGGAGAUCAUUAUUUACCCUUUCUUUGGGAAAAAAAAAGAUCCGUCGAUGAGGAAACAAAGAGGGUAGAGAUGGUAGAGAAUGGCCACACCUGACCUUCUUGACCCGAAGUCUGCCGCCCAUAACUGCAAGCCUCGCCUGUCCUUCUCCAUCCAACCGGUAGUGCUUUACACCCCAGAGGACGAGUGUGAAACCCGGACUACAGUCAUGAGGUGGAAAACGGUGUCAGCCAUCUUCUUCAUGGUGGUGCUUUACCUCAUCAUUGGAGCAACGGUGUUCAGAGCCCUGGAGCAGCCUCACGAGAGCUCCCAGAAGCUGGCCAUUCUCGCAGAAAAACUUGACUUCCUGGCCAUGCACGCAUGCGUAAACUCCUCCGAGCUGGAGGAUUUAGUCAAGCAAGUGGUCUCAGCAGUCCGGGCAGGUGUGAACCCCACAGGAAAUGCCUUUAAUCAGACGAGCCUCUGGGACAUCAGUUCUUCCUUUUUCUUUGCUGGGACUGUUAUCACCACUAUCGGAUUUGGGAACAUCUCUCCUCACACAGAAGGUGGGCGGAUCUUCUGUAUUAUUUUCGCUCUGCUUGGGAUUCCCCUAUUUGGAUUCUUAUUGGCUGGUGUCGGGGACCAGUUGGGGACCAUUUUUGGGAAGGGCAUCGCCAAAGUAGAGAAGAUGAUUGUGAAGUGGAAGGUCAGCCAGACGAAGAUCCGCGUUAUCUCCACUCUGAUCUUCAUUCUGUUCGGGUGCCUCAUCUUCGUGGCGCUGCCAGUCGUCAUCUUCAAGCACAUUGAGGGCUGGAGCACUCUGGAGUCCAUCUACUUUGUUGUCAUCACCCUCACCACGAUCGGCUUCGGGGACUUUGUCGCUGGGGAAAAAGCAGGUGGGUCAGAUAAUCCAGAGUUUCUGAACUAUUACAAGCCUGUGGUGUGGUUCUGGAUCCUGGUGGGCCUGGCGUACUUUGCUGCUGUGCUCAGUAUGAUUGGAGAUUGGUUCCGGGUCAUAUCCAAGAAAACUAAAGAGGAGGUUGGGGAGUUUCGGGCUCACGCAGCCGAGUGGACAGCAAACGUGUCGGCGGAGUUUAAAGAGACCCGGCGGCGACUCAGCGUUGACAUCCACGACAAGUUCCAACGCGCUGCUUCCAUCAAGCGCAGGCUGUCCUCCGAGCUAGGGAUCAACCAGGAGAUGACCCCUGGCAAGAGGUCGCUGUCCACCACGCUGUGUGAGGACAGGGAGGCCUACCCCAACUUGACUCUCUCCCUCAGUCCCGUCACGGGGUCCUUGGCCAGGAACGGCAGCCUGUACCUGAACGGCCUCAGCCCGGACUACGCUGACAGGCGGGAGUUCGCCAUCAAUGAAAGUCUCAAUUAAGGUGCGGCGUGAAUAUGAGAUUCAGGGACAGCGGACAGGAGUUACAAACACAAAGACCCUCUUGUGCUUAUUGAAUGAGCAUCUGUGAUACGGUACCAGUGCGCAUUCAUUGAUUGGAUCGUGCUCCGAUCAUUGGUUGAAAACCUUGAAAGUGACUUCAACACAGAUGAAUCGCCCUGCUGCGCACUCUUAUGUGCGUGAUUGAAAAAUCAAACUAAACCUCAUGAUGUGCCAGCUACAGCCUCCAUUGUUUCAAUGCUGGACGCCGACUUGCUUUCAUUGUGUCUGUGCCAACAUGAUCGACAGCUGUGCUAGCGAUCGAGCCAAAUUAGAAGCGAGGUCCGGACUGGAACUAAUGAUUGUAUCAGCGGCUUGAGUUCGCAAACUUAUCUCACGAGCAGGAAGGAAAUGCAAGCCCAUAUUGAGGUAGCAACAUACUGGACAUCUUUUUUCUCAUAUACUCAGAGUAAUAAAUACAUCCGUCAAACUUAGAAAGCAAGCAUGUAUCUGUGCUCGUCUCUUGUUACAUUUCCUGAGGCCCUGAAAUCUGCAUCAGAUAAAGAGGAUCCUCACUGCUAAAAAACACUCCGUAAUUAACAAUGAACUAUGUUCUCCACCAGGCAGCAGACCUGUGCUUACACUAAGGAACUUGGCUUUUUUUCUUUAUAGUUUACACUUCUUCCAGUAUGACUUUAUAUGCCUUGCAUCUGAUCAGUCUGUCCUCGCUUAAGAUAUUAAUGUUGACAUUUGUGUCGCUCCAUUACUAACAUUCAGCUUCUCACCCUAAGGAAUAAUCCACUUGUGCCUUACGAAGAACGAAGCUGAACAUGUGAAGAUGAUGCAUGACGGACUGAGUUACACUUGUUUGUCCACUCAUACUUGUUAUUUAUGAGCACAGUAGUAAAAAAGGCAUAUUCAGGAGGCUUCUUUGAAUAAAGACAAACGCAACAUUUUCAUUUAGGAAUUUAAAGUAUGCAGUAAAGGAACUGUUUCUUAACAACUGGGGAAAUGUCACCUCUCUGUCUGCCAGUGCCAUUAGCCAUUUCACAGCAGUCCUAAUGUGUUAAAGGAGUUACAUUGACCACACAGAGCCAGGCUCCCUGAUCACAACCCAUCUCCCUUAUACCAAAGUAAUGAUCCUAUUUCUCUGAAAGAGAAUCAGAGAUGCUGCGUUCAAAGGAUCGGGAGUGCUUCCAGUUAUUUCUUGAAAUUGAAUCCUAUGUUAUGGGUUUUUUUCAUGAAACUGAUACAGAGUGCUUGGUGCGUCAUCACUGUCUGAUUUUUCCCCAGGAGGAAAUAAACCCUAGCAUGUAUGUAACUGUUGCUUAUUCACACUUUUCACAUAUUCGUUAUGCUUUGCCAAAACUGAAUGUACAUCAUCAGUGAGCUGUUUGCUGUCUCACUGCGGUGACUAAAUAUCCGGGCUCUAUUAGGUCUAUCAGUCGCAUCACGUUUAAUUAGAAGUGUUGAUUUAAAUAAACUCUCUGCGGCUGAUUUAUAGUGGGUUGAUUAGAGAUGAUGUAAAUGGUAGGAAUGUCAUGGUGCAGUUCAUUUAAAUUACUUUUUUUGCCCGACAUACCACUGUUCGUAUUGCCAAAGCUUAUUUACAUUUAGAAAAUGAAUUAUAAUGCAUUACAAUUAAUAAAAUAAAAUACA